AUGUUAGAUCAGUCCAAAGUGUUUGGAAAAGGCCCCCUUUUUACUCGUCGCAAAGGCAGAAAGGAGUGGGUUGUUUUGGAUAAUGAGGGAUUGCAGCUUUUAGUCUUUCAGGAUGAGGACUCAGCCAAUAACCCCAAGAGAGAUCCAACUUACACAGUUCCAUUGGCAAAUGCUUCUUUUACCAUUGAACCGGAAAUCCCUAGCGCCUUCAGUAUUUUGUAA